GUGGCUGUGUUGUGAACAAGCUGACCCAUUGCGCUCCAAACACUUUUGCGAAAGAAUUGCGUUUCCCACCCCGAAAUGGAUGAAAUAAUGCGCUUCAAAGCGUGGGCAACAAAGCUCGGCUGCCCGCCGGAAAAGAUUCCGCCCGAUGACACGCUGAAAAAGUCGUUCCGGGGCGAGCAGAGCACCAUGUUUCACCACAUCAUGGAAAAAGUGCGCUCGCGGCAAGAGAUUGAAGCGAUGCGAAGGAACGUGCUAACACACAAGCUGCAAAUUUACAAGAAAAUGGACAGCAUCGUGGCGAAUGCAUCCUUUAACACAUUGCCCGUGGAGCUGCAGCGCUACAUGAAGGUGCAAAAGCUGAAGAAGAAAAUUGACGAAACGCGACACCGCAUAAAGCAGUCGGUUGGGAGCUUCGACUCGUUCAACUUACAAAUCAAAGAGAAAAACAUCCAAAAGCUGCAGCUGAUGAACAAGCAGGAAGAACUGUACGCCAAGGUGUCACUUUACCUGGCCCACGAAACCACUCUGAAAGCAAGCCUCGAAAAGGAAGCCCAGCUUGCCCAACGCAUCGAACGCAUUAUGCCCAUCAAACGCUCGGAUACGUGCCGGCCAGACACGGCGGAAAAAGCUAUCGAACGGUGCAUCGAGCUGCUCGCACGGUUUUACGACAGCUUCCAGGACCAGAACCAGGAAGCGGGCUGUGCGCUGCAGGAAAAGCUCUGGGCGGACCUGCGCGAAGCGUUGCGCGGCAUCCCGAACCAUCUGCUGUGGAACGUGCUGCUAGCGAUUAAGGAUCGGCAUCUGCGCGAAAUUGCCGAGCAUGAGAACCGGCGCGACGAAACCGAACACGGCGUGACGCUGUCCGAUCUCGAUCUGCUGCAGACGAGCAUGACCAAAAUGUACACCAGCCACGUUAACGUGUUUCUCGACGUGGUGUCCAGCCGGAACAAGGUGAAUGCGGCCCGCGUCGAGUACCUGGCCAAGUAUACGCCGAGCGCGAACGAGCUGGAGGCCAAGAUGGCCCUGCUGAACGUGAUGGACGACGAGGCGGAGGAAGCGCUGGAGGAGUAUCUGGUGCAGUGGAACUCGCGCGAGUAUAACCAGGGCCAGAUCGACUAUAUGGUGCGCGAGUGUGAGCGCAAGCGGCAGGAGCUGCACGCGUACACGCAGCGGGUGCAGAACCACGAGCAGCUGCUUGGGCAGCUGCGCGGCAUUUACGGCCAGAUCGAGGAAAUAUCCAAACACAUGGAGGCGGAACUGCACCAGGUGCGGCAGAUCAAGCAAAAGGUACACUACACCAAGUACGUGUGCCAGCACACGGUUCACACGAUGCGCCAGAAGAGUGGAAACAAUCACAACACGCUCAACCUGAGCGAUCAUUCCUUCAGUCGAAUGGACGGUACGAUGCUGGGCGGAGUGGGUGGUACUGGCGGUCCCACUUACAGCCCGGCCGUACUGCCCUCGUUCGUCCGCGAGCUGGAAGUGUUCCGCCAGAUCCCGAUCGCAAAGUACGUUUCGCACUCGAAAACGAUUCUGCUCAGUGUGGAACCCAACCCGGCCAUUUUCUUCGAGCUGCCGGCCGUACUGGCCCUGCUCCCUUGCACGGGUGUUAGUGCGGAAGUGUCACUGAAGCAGUUUGCCGAAUUGCAGGAGCUGGAACAACACGCCCAGGGCUCGACGGUGGAUUCGUGCACUGUAGUGGCACCGGCCUGCGACCACGACCAGCUGGAGCAGCGAUGGAAGUCCAACCAUGGCAAGAUUUGCGAGCUGCUCGAUAAGAUCGAAACGCUGACGAACAGCUCGCGCCAGACGAUGGACAGGGUGCGGCUGUACUACAACUUUGCGCUUGCCAACAACUUGCGGAAGUUCGUGCCCCCGACAAAGCUGUUUAACGGCCGCAGCUACCGCGAGUACGAGAACGAGUACCUCAUGUACUACCGGAUGAUUUAUGGUUUCGGUGCGAACUGAGGUAAGCGAACGCUUUUUCAAUGUUUAACAAACAAACAAUAAAUGUAAAAUAAACAAACUCA